GAAGCAUUCAAAGUAAAGCAAAGCAAAACAAAGCAAGCAAGGCAAGCAAAGCAAACCUUCAUCUCAUUUGUGAACUUCAGUUAUGUUUGAAGAAGACUUAAUAAAUGCUAUUGAAGUGCACAGAUGCAUCUGGGACAGGAGUCAAUUGUCUUAUCGGGACAAAAACGAGAAAUACUUGGCUUGGCGCGACGUGUCGGCGCUGGUUGGCGAAUCUGAGGCCGACUGCCGCAAACGGUGGAAAUCUUUGCGUGAUCGCUUUUCAAUCGAAUUGAAGCAGCAUCAGCAGCCAAGAGGAAGGGCUACUUCAUUUAGGAAGUGGGCAUACUUUGAUGCUAUGUGUUUUUUAAAAGGAAAUAUCACAGACCGAAAGUCUACAACAAAUAUUAAAACAGAAAUUGAAACAGAGUCUUCAUUUUCGUUUAAGUUAAACAAAAGCGGCGAAUUGGUUUUAAACGACCAAACAGAAGAAUCAGAAUCUGUUUCUACUAAGCGAAAGAAGCGAAAAGAAGACGAAGACAGCAGCUGCAAUUCUUUAAAUGAAGACGUAAGUGGAUUUGUAAAAAGUCGGAAGACUUACGUCCACGACAAUUUUUUGGGUGCCAUUGGUGAUAUUUUCGAAAAAGUUCCGCCUGAACAACAAUUAGAUUUCAAAAUGGAUGUACUGCAGUACGUCUAUGCAAAAUUUAAAUCUCUGAGCGCCAAUUAAAUGCAUAGUGUGUAUUUUCUUUACAUUUUACGUUUAAGUUUUAUGCCAUAAGCAAUAUGCU